AUGUCUUUGAAUCUGUCUGACUACUUUAAGAGCUACUUUAGGGAAAACCUCCAUAAGCAGUUGAGAAAGACCACCUCUACUCCAUAUGAGACACUGGCACCACACUUUCAUCUUCUCCAGAAGAGACGGGAGAUCGUGGAAGUCUACAAUGCCAUGAAGCCACAGAGAGAGGGCUUUGAAUCUACUCUGCGGACACUGAGGGAGCAUCGGGAAGAACUGAAAGAGAAGGAGGACCAGAUGAUGAAGUACUUGCAGAAGUUUGACCACUUCCUAAAGGACAAUGAAGUUAAGCGCCGCCUAGCGGUGAGGAAGGCGAGACGAGAGAGGGAAAUGACCAAUCAGAAACAGCCUGAGCUUCACACUCUCCAGGAGGAGAUGAAGUCCUUGGUGAAAGUGCGGGACGAGCUGGCGAGGCGCGUUAAGAGGAAUGACGUUUACCACAACUAUUUAGACAAAGUGGUACAGGCCAGCAGACAGUCAAGAUGGGCCCACAUUCAAAACACUGCAGCCACGAAAACUCUUCUUCUGGGUACUGUCAAGAUCGCCAUCUUUUACCUGUACCAAAUUGUGCGCAAGAGGGCUAAAGACGCUGAAGAGACGCCGCUCGCCCCAGAGGAUACGUUCAAACAGCUAGAUAAGAUUUGGGCCUUCCUGUCUGAACUGAUCUUUGUUUGGGAAAAGGUCAGGAAGUCAGAAGCAGUGCAUCGCUAAUAGACCUGGAUUCCUGAAGUAAACUCCAUUAUCUGAGAUAAUGCAGAAUUUCUCUUUAUUUUAGCAAUUCAUCUGGAAUUGUUAAGUAGAAAAUAUAGCAAACAUUUUCAAACACCAAGCAGAAAUGAAUUUUUUUUAAAUGUUUUUUACAUUUAAUUUUAACUGCCUGUAUAGUGAAGAUACUGUAUCUUGUCCUCUCCUAUCAGAAAGAUGAUCUAUUCUACACAGUUUUCCAAUUCCUUCCACAAGGUGGCAUUGAAACGUCAGCAGUGCUUUAAAACAACACCAAGAAGAGAGAGAGUAAGCAGCUGUCAUUUUCUUAUGAAGUACACAUACAGUCUAUAAAAUGCUCAUAUAUUUUGUCCCUUUUUCAGUCUAUAUUAGGGAUACGUUUCCUCAUUGGCUAGUGUUUCUGAAAUUGUGGCAGGGCAGUUCCCAGCAGAGGUCUUAGCAGUCCCGAAUGCACUUUAAACCAUAUGAUCCUUUUUGAUCCUCACCAUGCCGUGUAUGCCCGACUAUUCCUAGUUCCUUUAUUUAAAAAAGGCACAGAGAGCAAUGCGCUGUUGUCCUCUGUAAAAAAAAAAAAAAAAAAUUGAAAAAGCAUUAGACUCAGCUGAUUCCUCCAAGCUCCACUAUAGGGUGUGGCUGCAUGUGUGU